AUGGCGCAGCCCAGAUACCUCACUGGAGACAAGGCUGGCAUCGAGGAGUUUAUUGACAAGUUUGACUCCUUCCUAUUCGACUGCGAUGGUGUGUACAUACUCGCUCCGAACCUCACACCUGCGCGCAAUAUCCUUAUGGUAGGCGUGCUAUGGUCAGGAGAUCACCUCUUUCCGAAGGUGCCAGAGGUGUUGGAGAUGUUGAGGAGUAAAGGCAAGCAGCUGGUCUUCGUCACGAACAACAGCACCAAAUCCAGAGCGGACUACAAGAAGAAAUUCGACAAGCUGGGUAUACCCGCCGAAGUGAACGAAGUCUUUGGCUCCUCCUACAGCGCCGCAAUCUACAUCUCCCGCAUCCUCUCGCUCCCUUCUCCCAAGAAUAAAGUCUUCGUGCUCGGCGAGUCCGGCAUUGAAGCCGAGCUUGAGUCGGAAAACGUACCCUAUGUCGGCGGCACAGACCCAUCGUUGCGACGAGACAUCACACCGGAAGAUUUCGCCGCCAUUGCUGAUGGCAGUAUGUUAGACGAUGACGUGGGCAUCGUGCUCUCAGGGCUGGACUUCCACGUCAACUACCUCAAGCUUGCGAUCGCUUUCGCAUAUCUGCGGAGAGGAGCACAGUUCUUGGCGACGAACACGGACUCGACGCUGCCGAUGGCGCACGCAUUCUUCCCCGGUGCCGGCUCAGUGGGUGCGCCGUUGGUAAAGUCGAUAGGACGCGAGGCUUUGGCGCUGGGGAAGCCGAGCCAGGCGAUGAUGGAUGCGAUUGAGGGGAAGUUCAAGGUCGAUCGUGAGAAGACGUGUAUGGUUGGAGAUAGGCUGAAUACGGACAUCCAGUUUGGGAUCGAGGGGAAGCUGGGAGGGACGCUGAUGGUAUGUACUGGUGUCAACAGCAAGGAAGACAUUUUGGGCGAAGGGAAGCCGAUCGUACCGGCUGCGUAUGUGGAUAGUCUGGGUGAUCUGAUGGGCUGA